GCGUCUUCUACUUCUGUCGACCCAAAACAAGUGCAUCGAGAGGGGGGUUGGCAUGCCUAAUCAUUGAUCCGUGUUUUAUACCUCUUUAGUGAAAAAAAUCGGCUCUGUUAAAUCUGAAUAUUGACUCUGGACAGCCAUAGUAACGCUGCUCGUGGACACAAAUAACAGAGCGCGGCGUUGUUGUUGUUGCGUAGCUGUGCACGAGAGCACUGGCGCGAGAACGGAUUCAUGUGUUUGAUACAAACACACGUGUACGAUUUUUGCACCGCGGGACGAUAAUGUAUGAAGACAUUUCUUCAGUCUUCUGGAUAGCAUAACAUAAGAAACCGGUUGCAGUCUGGAGCUUUAACCCUGAAUUGCAGAAGAUCAUCUGAGCUGAAAAAAUAAGUGUGGACAUUUGCUGCCUGCAGUUGGGACCCAGUGCCUGCCUUCAGUCCUAAUGCCUGGACUGUGUGACAUCAAGACACCACAAGACACUGAGAUCUUCAACAUGAACACAGAUAGUGGAGGAUAUGUUCGCAAAAGCACUUCGCUUUCACUCACUCUAACCCCUAUGAAGAGAAUCCAGAGCUCACCAAACCUGUACACACUUGAAGACUCUGAAUCACAGCAAAAAGAUUCAGAUUUUUGGAAGUCCAGCAGCACCAGCGAUGGUCUGAGAAACGGUGAUAUGUGCUCUUCCUCUCUGGCAGCUAAAGGCUACAGGAGUGUCAGACUCAACUUUCAGGAUAAAAACUCUCCUACACCGGCACAAGAUCAUAGUAUCCAUUCUCUCAAACUGAUGUCCACAGAGGAUCAAACCUUAUGCUCUUCACAAGCACAGCAGAUCUACCUCCACUCUCCAUCUAGGCACCCGGGGAUUCACGUAGCUUCCCUCUCAGUGCGCAUUAACCCCAGGCCUCAUGUAUCAGGACGACACACACAGGCGCUGUCUUUGAGACCCCCCACCCCUCCUAAAAGGAUGGAUGUGCUGGCUAGCAGAACACUUGCCUGCCCUUCACUGCCAUCUGCAGCCCCACCAGUGCCUGAGGUGCCAGUCCUUCUCAAACAAAACUAUCCCGGAACAGCACAAUCACUCUCUUACCGGCCUCAAGACUCCCCUGAUUUCAUCAGCAGCAGCGUACCUGACCUUUACCCCACGACCCCCUCUCCAGGUCCUCCCUCACCCGGCUCAGAUCUUCUGCUGGCACAGAGUCGCUGCUCAUCCCGCGCUCAUAGCGAAGCAUCCACAGUGCUUCUGGAGGAAUUGAGGGCAUGUGGCCCAGAGGGAGGUUCUCGUACCCCCUCUCCAACCCUCUGUCAGAUGGGUGAAAACAUGGGUCUUUAUUCUUCUGCAGCUGGCACCACUAAUGGCCAGAUGACUGUGAACGGAGGUCUGAGUGUACCAGCAAGUCCUCAUAGUCAUCUCCAAAGACCCUUUUCUCCUUUAACGUACCCCCCUCCUCCCUCACUGAGCCCCAGCAUUGCAGCCAUGCAGCGGAACAGAAGCACUGCCCCUGAGUCUAGCACUCCGAUCUACGCCAACGUGGAACCCACUUUCCCUGUCCGAGCUCCACAGAUUGAAAGGAAAGGAACAACAGGGAAAGCUCCGAUCUUUACUGGCAUCGGUCCUGCGGAUGAAUCUGGGAUCCCAACAGCAUUACGAACGACUGUUGACAGGCCAAAAGACUGGUACAAGACUAUGUUUAAACAGAUUCAUGUGGUGCCUAAACCAGAAAAUGAAUCGUGUGGGUCCCACAUUGCCACUGAUCCUGUUACAAAUAACGAUAAGCAUGGUUCACUAAAUCCUAUUCACAUCCAUCCUGCACCAAAAGCCAGCACAUACCGGCCCAUCACCAAGAGCAUCUCUGAUAACAUCAUAUACACUUUCAGAGCGCCUGCUGCCUCUCCUCUGCCCACUUCAACAUCAGCACAGCACAGAACCAAAGACAGAAGCACACCUGACAUAAAUGAGUGGGACCCUCCAGAUAGAAAGGUGGACACUCGGAAGUACAGAGCGGAGCCUAGGAGUAUUUUUGACUAUGAGCCUGGAAAAUCUUCUGUUUUGGAGCAGGAGAGAGAGACGAGUAACUUAGGACCAGAGGACAUAGAUUUAGAGAAUGAGCCGUGGUAUAAGUUCUUUGCUGAGCUGGAGUUUGGGCGGCCGCCUCCAAAAAAACGCCUCGAUUACAACCCAGAGAGCUCUCCUCGAACCGAAAUAGAGACCUCCAUUUAUCAGCCAUCUGUAGAGAGGAGCCUUGAAAGGCCAUCAAGUUCUGCAAGUGAUAACAAGAGGAGGCGGAAAUCCGAACCUGCAGCCUCUCAGCCCAGGGCCCAGAGUAGUUUGGGCAUAACACAGAGUUCAAUCAGACCCUCAGAGCCACCCAGAAGCAGCAGUACCCAUAGGACUCCACUUACCAGCCCCAGCUCCCCUGCCUCCACCAGGAGCAAAGGUGGGGAUGUAAGCAAUAUGCACUCAGCACAUUUAAAUUGUCAAAGUCUAAACCAUGCUACCUCAGAAUCCACAUACGAGGACAGUUUUACAGUUACGCCAGUCUCGGAGGGCUUCUCCAGCCUCCCGGAUGGCUGGCGAACAGAAGACUGGAUAAGCACAGAAGAGCCUUCACCCAAGCUUAAGUCCUGGAGCUGUGAUGACCUUUUGUCUGAAGAUCAAGGGAGGGAAAAAGUUCAAGCGCGCUCGGAGAGCACCGGAUCUCUGUUGCAUAAUGGGGAACUAGAGGAAUCACAAUGCUGUGACACCCAGGAGCACGAGGACCUCAGAGAGAGGACCAGGCAUCGCUCGGCCCACGAUGCACCAGGCUUUCUUAAACUUUAUAAAAAGAUGCAUCACAUCAACCGGCAAGAGCUGAUAAACUCUACAGUGAUCUGUUCGGUCAAAGCCAGGAUCCAUAAGUAUGAGAGUGAACAACGUAAAGACAGACGUGCUGACACCAAGGGCUGUAAUGAAAAUGUGCCUAGAGACAUGGUGCACAACAGGAUUUCCGAAUUUGAGAGUCUAAUCCAGAAAUCCAAGUCCAUGCCCAAUCUUGGGGGCGCGUUCCUGACCAGUUCCUCUUUUAAAAGGGCCACCAGUCCCAAGCGAAGCCUGUCAAUUGAGUCAUUACUGGAUGAAGAACCACCAGCUAGGAACCCCCCUGAAGGGCGACCUCAAUACCCCAAGAUAGUGCCAAUAGACAUUGAUGUCACCCGUGACCAAUUAAAAAACUCUGCCGUGCAUCACGACUAUUCAGAUAGUGAACACGAUGCUGUCCUGUCUGAUCUUAAUGACUUUAUUCAUAUAGAGGGCUCAUCUUUUUGCAGCGAGGGGGACUUUGAUCUAUGUUCGCUCGACUCUUCCGAGAGCUUUUGUGGGUCAGGCCAUCAUCAUCAUCAUCAUCACAGGCAGCUUGUGAGCUCCUGCAAGGGCCACUGCCCGGCGUCAUACACGCGCUUCACCACAAUGAUCAAGCACGAAAGAGCCAAGCAACAAUUACGGGUGGAAGAUUCGGAGUUCGGUCUCAGCAAACUUGCAUUCCUGGUUAGCCCAGUGCCUUUCCGCCGGAAAAACCUGUCUCCCCUGAGCUUUUCCCAAAUGUCAAACUCUAAGUCCUGCAUGUAUGAGGCUCUAGAUUCAGCGUUGAAAGACAUCUAUGAUCAUAUCCGCGCCGAGAAACGAAGGGGUAGCCUGCCAGAUAACAGCAUCCUUCACAGGUUACUGGCGGAGUUGCUUCCAGACAUUCCUGAACGGAAUUCCUCCCUGAACGCUCUGGGCAGAAGCCCUACGGUUCGAUCUCGCUCACAUCACCCUCAGCCUGAUGGGAUGCCCAGCCAGGACGUCCACCCACCUGAGUGCUCACAGCUGUCCCACAGUGCCUCUCACCAUGAUAUAGACAGCAACAACAACCGGAGGAACCACGACUUUGAAUACUGCUAUGAAGACCAGGACGCAUUCAGAGGAUAUAGUAAUCCUGAUGUGGGUCGCCAUACACCACAAAGAAGACAGACCCCUGAUAUCAGAGAGAAACUGCCAGCAAGAGCAAUAUACGAUUUCAAAGCACAAACAGCAAAAGAGCUGACGUUUAAGAAAGGGGAGACUGUGUAUAUCACCCGGCAGAUAGAUAAUAACUGGUAUGAAGGAGAGCAUCAUGGACAUGUGGGCAUCUUUCCCAUCUCUUACGUGGAGAAAAUCUCUCCUUUAGAGAGACAUCAGCCAGCGAGACCUCCUCCUCCAACCCAGAGCAGAGAAAUUGGAGAAGCAGUCGCUCGCUACAACUUUAAUGCUGACACUAAUGUGGAGCUUUCAUUAAGAAAAGGUGAUCGUGUCAUUCUCGUGCGGCAGGUGGAUCAGAACUGGUAUGAAGGAAAGAUCCCGGGUACAAACAAGCAAGGGAUUUUUCCAGUGUCUUAUGUGGAUGUUACUAAGAAGACCCCAGUACAGACUACAGGUCAACCUCCGGGGUCCAGUAUACCCACCAGCUACUCCAGUGACAGACUGCACAGUAGGCCAUCACCUGCACGUCCCCUCUACAGCCCUCCAUCCCCAACUCUCCGUCCACUUUCAUCAUCCUCACCCAGCCCACAGAAAGCAGCGCACCUUCAGGCCAUCACCAGCGAAUGGCUGGCCCUCACUUUGGGUCUGUCCCCGUCAGGAACUCCUGCUCCCACACCUCCCCCCUUCCCUUCCAACUUCCAGCUAGAUUUCGAAGGCCUGGAUUCUGCCGUUUCCCCCUCUCCUGCCUCCUCUACACUGGGCCGCUCUCCAUCCCUCACCCCCCGCAUAUCUACUCCACUCAAAGAGGGCCACUUCAUUCCCAUCUCCUCCCCAAAGUCCUACAUGUCCCCUGAUCCCAGCCCAUCACCUCAACCUUACCUCACCUCCGCCUCCUUCACUCCUUCUCCCACCUCACCCACAUUUGACUCCAGCCCCAGGUCUAGCAGCGUCAUAGAGAUUCUCUCUAUCCAAAAACCAGAUUUACCCCAGAAAGAACACAAGAUAGAUUCCCCUAAACUGUGCAGUCCUAUUGACUUGGUUGUUUUUGAAGAGCACGAAUCCCUGUUGUCUCAUAAGGACACCCUGUUUCCAAAAGAUCCAGAGGAUGACUUGUGCGAGGAGUUAGUGUCCAUCAUUAAAGCCAGCCAAUCGAAGGGUGCAUUUGUACAAGAGGAGAGAUUUUAUCAUCAGGAACCAGAAACAACAGAAAAACUACCCAGAUUGUUUAUAGAGGAGGACCCGAAUGAGGACAGCAGUUUUUUAAAUCAGUCCCUGACAUCAAAUACGUUUACUCCAGUCCUACAUGGCCAUAGUCAGAGCUCAGAUAUUGAGGGUGAAGUUUCCCUGAAUGCUUCUCCACGUCUCUCUCCCCUGUCCAUACAGAUGUUGCCAUUCAUACUCCCCAAAUACUCUCCCUCCUCCCCACGUUCCACCCCUCCAUUGCCUGGGGUUUCACAGUCUCCCCCUCCCUCAGGAAAACUGUCCAUUCGACAGGAAUUACGCUCCCAAAAGGUCAAGCCUGUGUUAAGGCGUGAUGUUGUGGUUGUUGGUAAGCCCCCUCGUAGCCCUGUCAUGUCUAGGAGGUCCUGCGGAUCGCCUGUUAGAGGUCAAAACUUUUCAUCAUCUCAUAGGUCCCAAAGACAAGCAAAUGUGAAUGAUCAAAGCGGAGGAGAACCAUUUCAAGCCCUGUAUACCUACGUGCCACGAAAUGAGGAUGAGCUGGAACUGAAGGAUGGAGAUAUUGUUGACGUUAUGGAGAAGUGUGAUGACGGAUGGUUUGUGGGAACGUCCAGGAGAACAAAGUUUUUUGGAACUUUUCCUGGAAACUAUGUGAAGCGCAUCUAAAUUGAGUCGUCCUUGUGCUCUAUCAGACAUCUACAGAGAGAUGAUGGAGAACGUCACCUGCAGUUAUCUGCUGGAAUUAGCAUUAUAUACUGUAUUCCAGUCAUCAGCCUGAUGGACUAUUGGAAGAAAAGACAAUGGCAUUGGAGGAGGUUAUGGCACCAUGUUUCAAAGGCGUGGAUUUUUAAACGUUGGAGACGUUAUGUUAAUAAUUUCUGUAAAGGCUUAAAAAUAUUUGGUUGUCUACAUUUUUAACAUUAGUUUUAAAAAUCAAUAUGUUUGCCUUCUAGAAAAAUUGAUGAAUUUCAACAUGAUUAAUCAAGUGCCCUAUUUAUCAUUUAUUUAUUGAGGCGUUUUCUUUUCUUAAAAGUGUCAGUAUCAGUAUACUGAUAUAUAUAUAUAUAUACUGGUGUCCCUCUGUAAACUGAACCUGAUGAACUUAGAUUGAACAGUAUUGCAAUGUCAUGUUUGUGCCAGACACAACAGAUAUUACAGGAACCUUACUGCUAAUAUGUAUCUUCAGUAGGUAAACUCAUGGUUCAGGAGAAUUACCUCUGAUUUUCUAGAACUGAUUUCUUCCUCCAGACAUUCCUUUGAGCAUUUAAAGGAUUUUACAAAUGAGAAAAUAUUUUUGUAAUUUUUAAUCAAACACGAUAACAUUUGGAAAAUGCAGUAUCCCCAUCAAAAGGCCUAUAAGGGCAUGGAUAGAUAUACAUGGAUAUAAGUUAACACCUGUAUAUUUAAUCAUAUUAGUGUCUCUACUGCCUAAAAUAAAUAUGUUAGUGUUGGGUGACCUUGCGCAUUACUCUUGGUUUAUACAUUGCAGUCUGUUUAUGGACAAUUACUUCAUGUCAGAAUUACAUAACUGUUUUUGACAGCUAUUUUGUAUAUGUCACCUUUAACUUAUCCAAACUGGUUCAGUAUAAAGGGACAGUUCACAAAAAAAAAAAAAAAGAUUAUGUCAUGCUUCCAAACUUUUAUAAAUGUCAUUCUUCUGCUGAAUACACAGAAAGGUAUUUUAAAGAAUGUUUGUUACCAACAGAUCUGGGGCACCAUUGACUUCCAUAGUAAGAGAAAAUAAUUCUAUGGAAGUGAAUGGUGCCCCAUGGGGCGUGUUUCCUGAAAGCAACUAUGGUCACAAGUUCUGUCAUUAUCAGAGUUCAAUAAUAACAACGACCAUAGUUAGCUAAUAAUACUUUUGGGAAAGGCAGCUCUGUCUGGUAACAUUUUAAAAAUAUCUUCAUUUGUGUUUAGCAAAACAACAAAAUUCAUACAGGUUUGGGGCAACGUGAGGGUGAGUAAAUGAUGACUUUUCAUUUUUUUGGUGAACUAUUCCUUUAAGUGAGUAAAUUAAUUUUUUUUUAAUAAGUUGAUCAUUUAGCCAAAUGUUUUCAUUAUGAUAUACUUAAUAUAUUACUUUUUUAUUUUCCACAUCUUUGUUGAUAAAACAAUGACUAUGCUCUUACAAACUCAAAUGUACAUUUAAAAACAGGCAGCAUUGCAAGCUUUUUAUGAAACUAUCACUAACAGUUCUGUUCUGGUCAGUACAGCAAGAAAUGUAACCCUAUAUUAUAUGUCAUUUAGGCAAUAUUACACCUCAUGGAAAUA